GGGGGUGUCGGUGUUCCCAACUUGAAUCCCAGAAUUUGUUCUGGAAUCCGUGGAAAAGAAACUCAUACGUCUGCUCAAAAGAUCAUUAAACAAGGUGUGAGAAGAUUCUGAGGAAGACGAUGGCGGAGCCAGAGCCCAGCUUGUCAGCUGGUCAGCGUUUAGGGGCGGCGGAGACCCUGGGCAUCAGCACGCUGGACCCUGGGCUCAAGCCGCCUGCCAUGCCCUCUGGAAGACACGUGGCCGUCAGAGUACGCAUGCUGGACGACACAGAGGAGAUCUUCGACAUCUCUCAACGAGCUUCAGGCAAGGUGUUGUUUGAGAUGGUUUGCACUCACCUAAACCUGAUUGAAGGAGACUACUUCGGUCUGGAGUUCCAGGACCACCGCAAGAUGACGGUUUGGCUGGAUCUCCUGAAGCCCAUAUCGAAGCAGAUCAGGCGGCCCAAGCACACAGUCUUGCAGUUUGUGGUCAAGUUUUUCCCUCCUGACCAUGCACAAUUAAUGGAGGAGCUGACCAGGUACCUGUUUGCCCUGCAGAUAAAGCAUGACCUGGCUAGCGGUCGCCUGACGUGUAACGACACCAGCGCGGCUCUUUUAGUUUCUCACAUUAUUCAGUCUGAAAUCGGGGACUUUGAUGAGACCCAGAGCAGACAACAUCUCUUGAAUAAUAACUAUGUUCCGGACCAGAUGGCUUUGCUGGACAAGAUCAUGGAGUUCCACCACAAGCAUUUAGGGCAGACGCCGGCAGAGUCGGAUUUUCAGCUGCUGGAGGUUGCUCGCAGGCUGGAGAUGUACGGGGUGAGGCUCCACCCUGCGAAGGACAGAGAGGGAACCAAGCUCAGCCUGGCCGUGGCGCAUACAGGGGUCCUCGUCUUUCAGGGGCACACAAAAAUCAAUGCCUUCAACUGGUCUAAAAUUCGCAAGCUGAGCUUCAAGAGAAAGAGAUUUCUCAUCAAGCUAAGACCAGACCUCAAUAGCGCAUACCAGGACACUCUGGAGUUUCUGAUGGCCAGUCGGGAUUGCUGCAAAGUGUUUUGGAAGAUCUGUGUGGAGUACCAUGCCUUUUUCCGUCUUUUUGAAGAGCCCAAACCCAAACCCAAACCUGUACUGUUCAGCAGGGGAUCCUCCUUCAGAUUUAGUGGCCGGACACAGAAGCAGCUGAUCGAUUACGUGAGAGAUUCUGAAUUUAAAAAGAUCCCUUUUGACAGGAAACACAGUAGGAUCCAGCACAGCAGCAGCCUUUCCCCACUGCCUUCCCUACCACACUCUCAAGUGCCAACAGAAAGUGCGAGUUUUGUUUCGGCAGAUAGGACGGACUCUACGGCUGCGCGGAGCUGGAAGGAAUCGGUUUUGGUCAGCGCCGAGGACUCAGGAACGCCGAGGAUUCGAGCCAGCCCCGCGGCGCAAGGCAACAGCAGAGGGGAACGCUCAGGCUCCACGGCGGCGGAGGAAGCCAGAGCCCCGCCCCCCGUCGUUAGGCAACCGGUCCCGGAGCUUCUGAACGCAGAUGGCUCCAACAGCCCGCGGCUGUCAGAAUCUUCCGGCACGUCUUUGGGGCUGGUUAACGGUCAUCGUCAUGCCAACGGGUGUGAUCCGAGCCCAGAUGGGCGGCAGCCCUCCCCCCUCACCAGCCCCUUGCUCAACGACACGGGCUGUGUACGCACUGAUGACGAAGAGGAGGCGCGGAGGAAGCGUUUCCCCACAGACAAGGCCUAUUUCAUCGCCAAAGAGCUCCUGACCACCGAGCGCACCUACCUAAAGGACCUGGAGGUCGUUACUGUGUCUUUUCAGAGUCUUCUGAACAAAGAAGAGAGUACUCCUGACUCACUGAAGAGCCUGAUCACGUCCAACUUUGAGCCUCUCUACAAGUUCCACACAGGCUUUCUCAGGGAGGUGGAGCAGAGGUUGGCCCUCUGGGAAGGUCGUUCUAAUGCCCACAUCAAAGGCGACUACCAGCGCAUUGGCGACGUUAUGCUGAAGAACAUUCAGAGCUUAAAGCAACUGACCGUCCACUUACAGAAGCACUCAGAGGUGAUGCUGGAGCUGGAGAAGGCUUGCCGGUCGUCACGGAGACUUGAAGGUGUGUGUCGUGAGUUUGAGCUGCAGAAGGUGUGUUACGUGCCGCUGAACGUCUUCAUCCUGCGACCGCAGCACAGACUGCUACAUUACAAACAGAUCCUGGAGCGCUUGUGUAAACACUACCCGGCCACGCACGACGACUUCAGGGACUGCAGAGCCGCUUUAGCCGAUAUAUCAGAACUGACGAACCAGCUACAAGGCAGUAUGAUUAAGAUGGAGAACUUUCAGAAACUUCUGGAACUGAAGAAAGAUUUGAUUGGCGUCAACAAUCUGGCCACGCCAGGGCGGGAAUUCAUUAGGUUAGGCUGUCUCAGUAAGCUGUCUGGAAAAGGUCUACAGCAGCGCUUGUUUUUCCUGUUUAAUGACGUGCUGCUGUACACCAGCAGAGGAAUGACUGCCACCAACCAAUUUAAAGUCCACGGCCAACUUCCGCUCCACGGAAUGACAAUCAGAGAGAGUGAGGAUGAAUGGGGUGUGCCACACUGUUUUACUCUGGUGGGACAGCGUCAGUCCGUGGUGGUAGCUGCUAGUUGUGUGUCGGAGAUGGAAAAGUGGAUGGAGGACAUUAAGAUAGCCAUUGACCUGUCUGAGACGUCUAACGGCCCAGCGGCUGAUUUACUGGCCAACAGUAAUGAUAUCAAAUCCCCAGCGGAGUGGGCGGCAGAGGCGGAGUCAGAGGAUGACCUUAGUGCCUCUCAGUCGUCCUUAGAGAGGCAGGCGCCUCACCGUGGCAACACCACGGCACACGUCUGCUGGCACCGGAACACCAGCGUGUCCAUGCUGGACUUUAGCAUAGCCGUGGAGAAUCAGUUAUCUGGAAACUUGCUACGGAAGUUCAAAAACAGCAACGGCUGGCAGAAGCUUUGGGUGGUCUUCACCAACUUCAGCCUGUUUUUCUACAAAACCCACCAGGAUGACUACCCUCUGGCCAGCCUCCCUCUUCUUGGUUAUUCCAUCACCAUUCCAACAGAGUCAGAGAACAUCCACAAAGAUUACGUCUUCAAGCUGCAUUUUAAAUCUCACGUCUACUACUUCAGAUCUGAGAGUGAAUACUCUUUUGAGAGGUGGAUGGAGGUUAUCCGCAGUGCCACGGUUUCUUCCAGCCGAACUCGCAUCCUCAACCGCAAAGAACCCCUCCCCUACUGAUCCAAAGAGCCUUAGGGUGCACCUCACCUGUCUGUAUGUGUGUGUGUGCGUGUGUGUGUGUGUGUGUGUGAGCUCCCUCACGUGCCAGACCUCUCUAAGCACCCUGCACUGAGGGGGCUGUAAUCCUAGUCCCUUCUUUUCUCUGAGAUCUGACCACUUUUGUAGCAUUAGCGUUUUUUACAUUACAAUACAUACUAUGAGAUAUUCACUACGUUUGAGUCUCCA